AUGGAGCAAUUUCCCCCUAAAUUCAGCAAGGUUCUCGUAACACCAGACCCGCAUUAUAUACCGGGGUAUGCGGGGUAUUGCCCCCAGCUCAAAUAUCACCUAGGGAGGACCUACGGUCAGUUGACAGCUAAGCUACUGUCUGCUCCGGAUGUGGCUCGGUCUAAGAAGAUGGUGCUCCACACUGGCCGAUUUCCCUCCACGGAGUCGGACACGGGGACCCGGGACGAGAUUUGGAGGAGUCGCCACGGAGACAACAGGCAGCUCGAGAGGAUGAUACCUGGCUACACAGGUUUUGUUCCCAAAAGUCGGAACCACUUUGCGAAGACUUAUGCUGAAACCUGUAGAGAGGCACUGUCUGAGUUUGACCGAGACCAAAAGAGGACAAUGCGUCAAACAUCUGCAGAGCUGCCUCCAGCUGUCAAUCAUAGCUUGGAUCUGAAGCCCCAGAAACUGUAUACGCCACUGACAGCCACUUCUAAGAGAGCGACCUCAUACAAGCCCCCGGACACCUGGAAACCUCUGAGGUCACCCUACCAAAUGGAAGACAGUGAUCCACACAAGUAUUUUAUCUCAGGUUUUACAGGCUAUGUGCCCAAGUCCCGAUUCCUCAUUGGCACCAGCUAUCCCAUCACGACCAACAGGGCUCUAAUCCAGUUUGGCCGAGAGAUGAGGACAUACCCCGCCUCUCCCAGGCCACCUGCAGAGGACACAGAGAGUCUCUGCCCUGUUCCCACCAUUUACCCCGCCCACCGGGGUCUCCUGCCCUCUUACACAGGGCACAUACCAGGAUACAAGUUUAGAUACGGCCAGACGUUUGGACAGCUGACCAACAAUGCACUGGGUCUCAGCGGUGAGCAGAGGAAGAUUGGAGCGCGCUGA